CAUUAUAUUAUCAUUAGUGACGCUUAACCUGCCGUCUGAGCAGGACUGGUUGGGCUGUAGAACGUCUCAAAAACUAAUACGUCACGACGUCGACGGUUUCUACAGUGUAAGAGAUUUGACUGAUGACCGCGGAAGACGUCGUUUCUUCACUGAAACUUUAAAGACCAUUAGGACGACCUCGUCUGAGAAGUUAUAUACGGUGACCUAAAUGAGUAAAGUCAUCAACUAGAGAUCUCCUUAAAGAACGCUAUACCCCCUUUAUGCUGCGAUCUUCUCUGGGGACGAAAAUAUAAGAAAUCUUGCUAAGAAAAUUUGAUACGGAGAAACAUUUCUCCAGAGAUUUCUUAAACAAAGACAGUAUAAUUAGCAGCAUAUAAUAGAUUUAAGUUUUAUUUUAUUAGUAAUACAUCAGGAUUUAUUAAUCAAGAUCUUGCAAGAUUUCAGAAGAUUUGAAGCUUUUAAGACUCGACACAAUAAUGUCUGAAUCAAAUUUCGCUACUGAUGAUGAUGAGAUAUUCAGAUACCCGCCCACCCCGAUGCCCACAGGGGAGAUGCCCACGUGGGAGAUGCCCACCCCGAUGCCCACGUGGGAGAUUGCGUUGACGGGGAUCUCACUGACCCUCAUCAUCAUCUUCACUAUCGUCAGCAACGUCCUCGUCAUCUUGGCUGUCUACACCCACCGGCCGCUGAGGAAGGUACAGAACUACUUCAUCGUGUCCCUGGCCGUGGCCGACCUGACGGUGGCAAUCUUCGUGAUGCCCUUCAACGUCGUCUACAUUACCAUCACCAAAUGGAUAUUUGGGAGGAACAUGUGUGAGAUGUAUCUCACCUGUGUCAUCAUGUGUUGCACGGCGUCGAUCCUCAACCUGUGCGCCAUCGCCCUCGACCGCUACUGGGCCAUCACCGACCCCAUCAACUACGCCCAGAAGAGGACCUUAAAGCGAGUGAUGAUCAUGAUUAGCUUAGUGUGGGCCAUCAGCUUCGUCAUUAGUUUCCCUCCUCUGCUAGGCUGGAAUGACUGGCCGGAUGAGAUUAGUGAGGAAAUGCAAUGUUAUCUUCCUCAAAAUGCAGGAUAUGUUAUCUACUCUGCGCUUGGAUCAUUCUUCUGUCCACUGGUCUUAAUGAUCAUCAUAUACGUUAAGAUUUACAAGGCUACCAAGAGAAGACUCCAUGAACGAGCUCAGAAGUCAAAGCUGAAAAAGCUUAAAGCUUCUCGAAAUUUAAGAGCCAUCACACUCGCAAAUCCUGACGAAAAUAGAUCAGAGCAAACACUCAACAGAAGCGUAACGCCGUGCUUGAAGUCCGACAUAGAAACGACAAGCACUGACGUGGAACACUCGGGUCAUUACAAUGCUGGGGCUACUAUUGGUUCAGUUGACGGUGUGGACCGACAGAGUGACGGCAGCGUCAUCACCAAAUUCAUUGCAAACAGACAGAGAAUAUCCCUGACCCAGGAGCGACGGCUCGUACGCACUCUCACCAUCAUAAUGGGAAGCUUCGUCAUAUGCUGGCUUCCAUUUUUAAUCCUGUACGUCAUUCUCCCCUUCUGUUCACCUUGCAAGUACCUCAACAUGAAAGUUUUCGACUUCAUACAAUGGCUGAGCUACGUCAACUCGGCCUUCAACCCUGUCAUCUACACAGUGUUCAACAAGGACUUCCGGGCAGCUAUCCACAAUAUUAUAAUGUGUCGGACAUGCUGAUAUUAACUAAAGGGUAAUUAACCAUUAUUGAUUGGAUUCAUGUCGUGCCUCUUCCCUCCUCAUUAUAUGAAUUACAUAAUUCAAAGCAAUUAUUAUCGCUAUAUAUUUAACGAUUCGUAAGUAACGACGGCCUCGCUUCCGUUAGGGUCAACGUUCUGUCGGUGAUCACCGUUCCUUACAGUCCGUCCUCAUAUCCGGGCUCUUUGUCCAAAUAUUCAGGCUUAACUCUUUCCUGAUAAUUAUUUUACUCCUAUGUUGUAAUGCCAGUUUUUAGAGUGUGUGUUAUAUAUGAUUUAUUCUGAGUAUAUAUUUCCUAAAUUAAGAAUUAUAUAGUGUGUACUGUCUAAUUUUUAUAUUUUCAACUUAAAUCAAAUACGGCUGUUUUGUUUGGUUCAUAAUAUUGAAUUGCAUAUUUGGGUAGAAUUAUCUAAAUACACUGAUGACUUUAAUUUAUAUUGUAUUACUGAUUCAAUUAAUUUAAUAUGGAGUUGAUCUGUAAGACACUAGGUUCAUUAGAAAAUAUUUCUGUAGUUUUAGGAUGAUAUUUAUUUUCAAAUUCAUAUUAGGGAAAUUAAAUCCCUUAAGUUAAAUUAUUCUAUGCACAACAUAUUCAUAGUUUGUCCCGUUCUUUUAAUUAUUUUAACAUUAAAAUCACUCACUUUUACAGUGUUCUAAAAAUAAUUGCCCACAAUUAUCAAUAUCGAAUAUCAUGCAAACAAUAAUUACAAUGAAAAAUGUAUUGAUAUUUAAGUGGUGCAAUAGUACGAGAUUGCAAAAAUUGCUAAAGUUAAAAAAAGGGAAAUUUAUUACCUAGGUUAUUAAACCUUCUUGUCAACAAUCUGGUGCCUUCAAUUUCCCGAUGGAAUCGCUAUUCCUCCUUCGGGAAAUUAAUUCCUUGAUUACAUGUAAGAAGAACCUUUUUGAUUGCUUUCUGAACAACUUAUGAACAGUUCAAACCUCGUCAUGAAAUUCUGCGACGUUCAACAAUACAAAAACAUUUGGAAUUUUGCAGUAAUAUUACAAUCGUUAUUCUUCUAACCUGGCUCCUAGUUAUUCUCCUCUAUUUGAAACAUUAAAAAGGCAAUUUAUGAGAAAGCAUUUCCACUCUGGAAAUGAAGUUCAGAGACCUAUUCAUAAAUGGGUCAGAGAGCAGCCAAGGAAAAUCUUUUUGAAUAGAAUCCAAAUAUAUUAAAAGACUUGAAGAGACGUUGUUGACAAAUACAAAAGGUUUCAAUUAUUUUAUAUAUAUAUAAAACCUUUAUAUAUUUACUACCCGAAUAUGUCCAUCGUGUUACAUAUGCAGUGAUGUGGAUUACAUAUGAGGUAAUUUCUGAAACUAACAAUCAUGAAUAUCGUGUUAUAGAAAGGAAAGUUGCAGGAUAGGAACGGGCAGGUGUCCAAGAUUCUACAAUGAAUACAUGCACAUUAAUCAAAAUUAGAGCAGUUUCUAUUCAAAAAUUAAUAAAAUAUAUUAAUGAGAA